AGAGAGAGAGAGAGAGGGAGGGAGGAAGCGCCAUUAACGGGGCCUGUGUUCUUCAAGUGAAAUUUGAAGGUUAAGAAGAAAUGGAGGGAAAGAGCAAGUUGUCAGCACACUGGUGGUGGUUUGACAGUCAGAGCAACACUAUCCCAAGGAAAUCUCCAUGGCUACACUCCACUCUUGCAGAACUGGAUGACAAGACGGAGGCAAUGCUUAAACUGAUCGAGGAAGAUGCAGAUUCAUUCGCAAAACGUGCAGAGAUGUAUUACAAGAAACGACCCGAGCUCAUUAGCAUCGUUGAGGAUCUGUAUCGAGCCCAUCGAUCGCUAGCUGAAAGAUAUGAUCAGGUCAAGUUUGAUAGUGGAAGCCGCCACUUGAUCACUCCAUGGACAUCGUGUCCUUUACCUUUGUCCAAAUUCCGAACUUCGCAUUUGGUGAAGGAAUCAGAGAAAUCAUACGACAGCUACUCUGAGUCUUUUGACUUUGACCAUGAUUUUGAUUCUGUUGAAUCUGAUAUGUUUGAUGAGCCCCAACACGCGUCUUCUUUUAAUGAUGAAACUGAAGAAGAGGAAAAGAGUAGUAGUAGUUCAGACGAAGAAGGAAUGAAGUUGAGGGAAGAAUUAGAGAGGCUGAGAGAAGAAAACAAGGUUCAGAAGGAAGAAUUGAUUCAGAAAGAUGAAGAGAAAAGAGAGGCGAUCAGACAACUAAGUUUUUGUGUGGAUUUGCUCAAACAAGAAAAUCUAAAUCUCAAAACAAGAAUUGCUAAAGAUUCUUUCAAGAAGCAAAACAGCAGCCCAUUUGAACAUUCACAGACGACGCCUCCAAUCACAAUUUCUUCUCUAUCUCCCAUCUUCUUCUCUCUAGCCACCGUGCGCAGCUCUUCGAUCUCUACCGCCAUCAUCCUUGUCGACUCAGCUCUCCGAUCUCCGAUCUCCACCGCCGCCAGCUCUCCGAUCAGGUUGCUUAGGUUGAGUUGA